AUGGCUGACAAUACAGUAGUGCAGUGUUUUUUAUUUUCUUUAUUUUUAACAUAUGGUGUGUUGGAAAAGAUAACUUACAUCAGCGUUGAGCACCCGAGGGUCACGUAUUUCAACCCUGACUUCAUAUGCUAUGCUAACCUGACAGCCACGAGGUAUGGACGCAAGAAUCCUAUCUAUUACGUCGGGCUUAACAUUCACACCGUCACACCGUUCAAUAGCAGUAUUUAUGUAGACAUGUAUUUCUAUGAGCUGCUUACUAACCAGUACAAGCGAAGUUUCAUAGAGUUCCACUUCGACUGGUGCCACCUCGUCGAGAAGGAUAUGUUCUUCGGGUCUUCCAUGAGAAAAGGGGGCCUCAAUACACCUUGUCCGCAUAUGGGUCCAUUACGCAUGUCGAACAUGACAAUCAACCCUGCAGUGAUCCCCAAAGGCUUCCCGUUCACCAGAGGCAGGAUAUACGCCAACUUCUCGCACCCGAAGACCAAGACUAGAGUGGGGGAUGGCUACAUCGAUAUGAGACUGACGACUAUUAACAUUAAAGAUCCUAAGGAUAAGUUUAAAUAA